CCAGGCAGGGAGCGGCCGAGGGGUCAGCAGUGCCGGGUUACGCACCCGGGAUCUGUCUGUCCUCGGCCCUGUGGGCAGGAAAGUGUGUGCGUAAGUGAGGAGGAACAGAGGGGGAGCUCGUGGCAACAGAGCUGGGUUCCCAGGCUGACCCUGAGCCCCCAGGUCCGGGCGCAUCCCACGCCUUGGGUCCUUUUGGAAUUCUGCUCUGGCUGAACCCGGCGAGUAACUAACUGCACGGCAGCAGGUCUGGCGUCAUCACGGACCGAGAAGUCCCGGCUCUGGUCCCGGCUCGGAGUUGGCUCUGCAGAAUCUUGGAAAAUUGCUGCUUUUGAACAAAUCCAAAGCGCUACCAACUGCAUCUGGAAGAGACGCUGCGUGUCCAAAGCUGCUUCCCAGCGGGCUCGAGUCAGCAAUGAGGUACCAUAAUGCAUGCAAUGCUGAACUGGGAGUCAGAAAGACCUGAAUUUUGAUACAACUUCAGAGAUCUUGAGUGACCUCAGAUGGACAGCAGACUACUUAAAGGGACUUUAAAGACAUGUUUGAGUGCUCAUUGACCACAAUCAGCAGAGUGAAUGAGAUUCCAGUAACAGCCAAGUUUCCAGAGAAAUGAUGAAUGAGGAUGUCAAAGUGCUUGGGGUCUGGAAUCUGAACAUCCAUUCAAGAGAACAGCAGCAGCAGCAGUAGCCAAGGCUGAUCCAGGAGGCCUCCCAAGGCUUCCACCCAGUCCUCAUUAUUGGCUGCCUCCUUCAGAGUUUUGAACACUACCUGUCAACAGCUCCUCCACUUGACUUAGUGGUUUCUGCCAGCUGGCAUUCAUCCAGCAACUGACUUUGACAGAAAGCUGGAUAGCUUUCAGUAGAAAGGAGAGAGAGAGAACUGGGGAACAUCCAUACUCUGGUGGCAAUAGCUAAUGAAUUCUCAUAGCAUUUUCAUCUGCAAAUUAACAGAAGAAUCCUGAAAAAAAUAACAAAAGCCCCCCCAAACUGAACUCUAUUGAAAAGAGGUGAAGACGAGGAGGGGUGAAGUCUGAAGCAGGGAGUCAAAAGAAUGAAGGGGAAUACAUUUCCUAGGGCUUCUUUCUAUGCGGCAUGUACUCUGAAGUAAGCAGGUCCCAAGUAGGUGUUUAUCCUCGAGAUUACAAGCCAUUUAAGUCCAGCUGAAGCCCUGGUGUGUUGCUUAAAUAAGCCCAACACAGUGAGCUGCUUCACAUUUAAGCUGAAUAACACAUGCUGACCUUGCCUGUGUCUAGUGAGAUUCUUUGCCAAGCCUUGGGGAGCUGCCAGUAGCCUCCAAUAGCAACCAGCAAGACUCCCGAGAAGAACCAGGCUGUUCCAUAUCUGCUCUGAUUUCCUGGUGGGCUGAAGCCUUGUGGAGAGCCAACGAUGCUCUCCCACGCUACUUGCCUGAUUUCAGGUUAGGGGGCUGAUAUUUUGGCAUCUGGUGUUUCAGCAGUUGCUUCCCUUUGCUCUCUUGGAGGCAGCCUGACGAUGGAUGAGAGACAGGAUCCUUUGAUCAUGACUGUCCAUCUCUUGGCCAACUCCGGGUAUGCACUGCCUUUGCAGCAAACCCUUGACCAUCUCUUGGAGUGGAUUUGCCCAGAAGUCCAUCUGUUUCUGGUGUCAGAGAGAGUGACUCCAGUAAAAUACUACGAAAAAUACCACUCCAAGAGGUCUAGGUUCCCAGGGAUUUCUGUUUUGCUCUUCUUGCAUGAAGACCUCGGAGAAGAUCGGUUCUUUCACAUCUAUGAUUCCUUUCAGAAGCCGCCUUGGCAAUCUCAUCCCACAGACAAUGCAGGUGGAAGGCUGUGCCCAUACACACUCACCAAUCAAGAUUUCUACAGCCUAGAUCCUCACAUGCCCGUCUGGGGGAUGAGGCAGGUCCAUCAUGGUAGUGAGAUCCUGCGGGUGACCUUAUACUGCAGUUUUGAUAACUACGAAGAUGCAAUCAGACUUUAUGAAAUGAUCUUACAGAAGGAAGCCACCACCCACAAGAGCAACUUCUCCUUCUUUGUACUGUAUUCAAAGAAAAACUUUUCAAUCCAGCUCUCCUUGAAGCAACUUCCUCUCGGGAUGUCUGUGGAACUCAGAGAGUCUUCGGUACUGCAGUUCAGGGUACAAGAAAUUGGCCAGUUAGUACCACUUCUGCCAAAUCCCUGCGUUCCUAUCAGCAGCACCAGAUGGCAAACUCAAGACUAUGAUGGAAACAAAAUCCUCCUACAGGUCCAAACAAACCCAGAACAAGAUGAAAAGAAGGGUGAGCUUUUCUCUAAUCCCAAUCAUACAGGAGUCGACAAUCUUCUCCAAGACUGUACCCAAACCCUAAUCUCUGCAAAAAGAACCCUAGAUCAACCAAGUCGGAGAAGUCAAACCAGAAAGCCAAAGCACAACUCCCCAGAGACUCCUGACCUGGGAGCUAGGACAUUGUCCUCUGAAAGCCCCCAUAGGGCUUCCUGGACCAGAUCUAGUUCAUCCCACUCUAACAACCCAUCAGUAGCUUUGCAACGGAGCCAGCCCUCUCCACACCUUGAACAGGAAGCCAGAAUCAAAAUACUCAGCCAAGGAAACGACUUUCAGAAGCCUGAAGCAGAGACUAAUGUGGACACAGGAUUCACAGUCAUCAAUUCAGAACAGAGGCGAUCUUCUUUGAGAACAUUUCCGAGGGAUUUGCAAAGCAGCCUGCCAGCAACACGGAUGCCAAACUCUUCAUUAGCUGUAACUGGUUCAAGGAACAUGGCCUCUGAGGAGAGAAUCCACUCUUCCCCAUUUCCUGGCCAUAGGGACAGUAAAGGUGCAGGGCAGACCACUUCAGCAGUUUGUUUGUCACAAAUACCCCAUGGAAAGGAGGAAGAAGAAUUCUUUAUAUGAUGGAAAGCAGAUGUCGGGUUCAGACAAUGGAUCAAUCCCUGGUUCCGGAGAAUGAGCAUCGUUCCCAAAACUAGGCACCUUUUCUUGCAUAUCUGGGAGUAUCUGAAUAUCCCUCUUACCAACACCUGAGUCUAAUUUUUUUUUAAAUCGUUACUAUUCGAUCUAGCAUACCAUUGCCAGAUCUAUUUCCCAAGGAGAUCAAGGGAAAAGGGAAAGAACCUACAUGUUCCCAAAUAUUUAUAGCAGCUCUCUUUGUGGUGGCAAAGAAUUGGACAUCAAGGGGAUGCCCAUCAAUUGGAAAAUGGCUAAACAAAUCGUGGUAUACCAUUAUGAUGGACUACUACCAUGUCAUAAGAAAUGAUGAGCUUGCUAAUUUUAAUAAAAUUUGGACAGAACCACAUGAGAUCAUGAACAGAAAAAUUGGUAGAAUCAAGAGAACAUCAGACACACCUACAGAGUUAAAUUCUUGAAGAACAAAUUGUGAAUGGUACCUCCAGAGAGUGAGCUGAGAGAUGGAAACGUGAGAGACAGAUCUCCCUCCUGAAUGAUGCCUACUGUGACGCAAGGAAGGGGUGGAAAAGGGCUGGGACAUUUGUGGACAUAGUCACAUUUUUUUUAAAAAGAAAAAAAUUUGGUUAAAAAAACAAACCAUUAACAUUUCAAAGAAGCAAAGGAAUGGUGUGGAUGGUUCAUUUCCUUGUAAGAGAUUAGCACAAGGGAAAAGGAUAGCCUUUGUUUUUCCCCCGGGAUGUGUAUACCUAAUUUGAAUCAGCUUUUUUUUUAGCAGGUGUGUAUACACAGUUUGAGCCAGGUAUUUAGCAUGUCUCUGGUCAUUUGUGCUGUGUGCUUAUGAACAGAAUAUGUUAUGCAACUCAUUAGGGUUUUAAAUUUUGCUUUAGUAUUCAUCAGCAUUGACUACCUUCCCCUGAAGCCCAUGAAAUAUUUAUUCUUCACUACUUGCUAAUCUUCUCCUAACCCCAUAGGUUCCUACAUUACUUCUGCUACCCUUCAGGUAUUCUGGCUUUGUAUAUUUUAUCCAUUAUCCAUAUCCACUGAAAACUUCAAGCUUCUCCCCCCCAGCCCUAUCUAAUAACCAGAACAUGAUAAACAUAUUAGAAUCACUUAGAGUGCCCAAAUAAAGCCUUGUUUUGUGAAGGCAACAAUGGCGACUGCUAAUAGCAGCUCAUAUUUAUACAUGGCGCUUGCUUAAGAGAUCAAAGGGCAAUAACAGAAGGCAUAAUUUGCCACUUUUUAAAUCAGCACUGUUCCAGUCUGGUCCCAUAGGGUCAAAUUGCACUUGUUAUUAAUAAAGGGAAUAUAUCACUUAAAAAAAUUCAUAGAUAGUAGCUAGGUGGAUCAGUGGAUUGAGAGCUUGACCCAAUGGGAGGUUCUAGGUUCAUAUCUGGUCUCAGACACUUCCUAGAUGGAUGACCCUGGGCAAGUCACUUAACCCCCUUUGCCUAUCCCUUACCACUCUUCUGCCUUGGAGCCAAUACACAGUAUUGACUCCAAGAUGAUAAGAAAGGGUUUAAAAAAAUUCAUAGGGGAUUUUCAGGGAGCCAAGUAACAAAUACAUAUUAAACAUCUAUUGGAUAUCAGCCAUUGUGGCACCAAGGAACUAAAAUAAAAAAUAAAAUGUCCUGAAGGAGUUUCUCUCCAAGUGGAAGAGAUAAUACGUAUACAUGUCAGCAUAUUCUAAAUAUAUUUGGGGUAUUUGGGAGGAGGAGGCUCUAGUAUCUGGGGGAUCAGGUCAUGGAAGAGGUAGCACUUGAGCUUAAUUUUGAAGGCUACAAAAGGGAAUUAGAAAGAGAUGAGGAAGGAAGAAAUUCUAGAAAUAGAGAUGGAAUAAACUACAUUUAUCAAUGCUCUUGGGCAACCAUUGUGUAACUUCGUAUUGAAGAGCUGCCUUGGACUCGCAGUGUUGAAGUGACUUGCCCAAGGUCACACAGCCUGGAUGUGUCAGAGAUAUGGACAUGUAAAAUUGAGAUUUGAACUCUGGACUUCAAUCCCCACAAGCCCUUGCUCCACUUCCCCAAAAUGAUUUGUAAUCUCACGGAAUUCUGAGGUGGGCGAGAUCGAAAAGGUAUUUAAGCUGAUUGCAAAGGCUUUUGAGGUCUCUCUUCUGGACUUCUAUUUUGGGGCAGACGUGGCUCUUUCCAUAAUGUAGGUAAGGUCUUGUCUAGGCCUCCCUGGCCUAGGCACUUUUUCCUUAUCCUGUAUUUUCUUUCAAUCCUUAACUUUUAAUAAACCUCUAAAAAAUUAUAAUACUCCUUGCAGAGAGAAACUAAUUUCUACCUGCCUCAGUCUCCCCUAAAUUUUAACUGUUACAGUUUUUGGCGUAACCACUUCAGGAGAAAAAACUAUUAAUCUUCUGAUUUCUUUUCUGAUCUUUAGUUCAACUUUUAAUAUCUAGUGCCUAGAAAUUUUUUUUGAGCCACAUUACUCUGGCCGAGUUUUUUUUUUUACCUUCGCAAAGCUGCAGUCCCCGAUCCAGACCUGUUGUGUUUGCCGCCCACCCCACCCGGCUCAGCCCGUCACUUCCUGCCUGCAGCCCGGAUCGUCCUCACCUGGUACUCUGGCUCCUGGCCCUGCUUAUCUGCGCUCCGGCUCCAGCCCUGCCCACCCCUGUGGUCUUUCUCUCUCUCACCUGGCCCACCUGAUUCAACCAAGAUUGCAAUCACCUGGUGACCUGCCUGCCCAACAAACUCUAGCCUUGGAGCAGAUUACUCAUUUCUAACAGCUAGUAACUAACAAAGGGGGGUAUUGACUCCAUGUGGGCGGCCUGGGCUCCACAUGGACUGGGGCAGGAGGAGGGAUCAUAUCAUAAGGGAGAGGAGAAGAAACAGACUUUUCAAACAGACUUUUAAGCAAUGAGCUAUUUAAAAGGAUACCUUUUGACUGUUCUGGUAAUUUCAUUGAUUUCACCUGUGUGCCAGAAGAAAGAUUCAGCCCAAAGAUUCAACUUUGGGGAGGCAAAUGGGUGGCUCAGCGAACUGAUAGCCAGCCCUACAGACAUGGGAUCCUGGGUUAAAAUCUGGCCUCAGAUACUUCCCAGCUGUGUGGCCCUGAGCAGAUCGCUCAGACCCCAUUGCUUAGCCCUUACCACUCUGCCUUUGGACAAUAGGCAUCUAAAUGGAUAAUUAAAAACAACAAAGAAAACAAACAAAAAAACACACACCUAAGGAACUUAAAAAUUGGAGGUUCUAAGGCAUUUCAGAAUCCAAUGGUUUAUAAAAAAUCUCUGUAUUUCUAUUGCAUUUUGAUAUUUGCUUGGUUUAAGAUUUAACUUUGUGAUGUUAAAUUCAUAUAUUACUGGAUUGAAUAUUAUUCUGUUACACUGAAGGUUGAUUGAAUUUAUUUUGAAUGUACUGAGUUUUAAAAUUCUGUUGCUUUUCCCUUAUAACUAUUGAACAAAUAUUAUUGUAAUUAAGCCCAUAUGAAAAAAAAAAAACAGCCUUUCUAUUCUGACUUUGUAAAUUAUCACAUAGAUGGACUUCAGGAAUGGUUAUAAUUGUAGAAAAACCUUAGGAAAAUUUAAUAUGCUAAAUAUCUCAAAUGAUUUUAAGGGUUUUUAAAAUAUGAUUUUUGGAAAAAUUUUUUUAACAAUCUCUGGUUAUUUUUGCCUUUCCUACCACGAGGUAAGGCCAAUAGUAGCUGAAGUGAAAUACAUUUUAUAACCCCCAACCUUCCCGCAUUUUUAAUUAUGUGAAUGGAAGUUGGGCAGUUAAUCUCAGGGCAUUUGUACCCCUAAAAGCCUCCAAAAAAGGAGCACCCCCUUUAUUUAUACUCUUCAGAUCACUAUUUUACUUGCACCAGAAUGAUAUAUAGAUUUCUUGAUUAUGUUCUAAACCCAAGAUGAGUUUUACUUUUUUUAAAAAUAUGUUUAAAUACCAAGGUUGAAAGAUUGCUACGUUUGUAAAUAAUGUGACAAAUAUCCAUCAAUUCAUAGGUUUUUUAAAAUGCCAUACAGCAACUUAUGUGAAAUAUGAAAGUGUUUGUUUGCUAUUGUAAUUAAUUGGGCUAUUGAGAAUUUUGGGGAUUUUGAUAACUACAUAUUUGUACUACUGUAUUUUUAAAAAAUGAAAAAUUGUUACCUUGUUCAAUUCACUUGCCUUCUACUCACAGUGAAGCAUGGCUAGACAUGAAGAGGAAAUGGAACUCAUUUUGGUGAGAAAGCCUUGAAUUUUAUAUUUUCUUAGCUGACACAAUGUCAAUGAUUAUAAGCUACAUUUUUAAAUUUUUUUAAAGCUCUUUUAUUAUUAUAUUUUUCUUGCAUGUGCAAUAUACAUUUUCAGUGUUUUUUAUUAUUUUUUCUCUCCUUUUUAUAUUUGAAGCACAUGUCAGCAGCAUUAAGAUUUUCUUUAACCUUUUGAUUUUCAGUGCUACAAGUUUAAGAUACAUUUGGUAAUGCAUGCCCUAAAAAGCUUGUGACUAUAAAAACUAUGCUACUAAUUAUUUAAAUAAAUUAUGGGACUUUGCUUAAUGAUUCUGUCUGAUUCCAGGACAAGAUAUACACACAAGAGCCAUUGCACAGGGCCAAAGAAAAGCCAAUCCAGGAUGGAUUGAUGCACUUCUAGGCCAAUACAAAGGUCUUGAACCUAGUGUGAAGACUCAAGGUUACUGUGUUUAACAUUGUUAGAUAUAGGCUUUCCUUGUGUCCACACUCACUCUGAAGAUACUCACAGAUGAGUAUCCCCAAACUUGGCUCCUACUUGGCUUCUAUAAUCUGGUCCCUUUCUUUUCUGCUUUUCAUAGUGUGGUACUUUUCUGUAGUCCUGGCUAUUGAGUGGGUAAAUGCAUCAUUGCUUCGAUCAUUUUGAUUGGGCCCUGAUAGAAGGACUUGUUGUAGAUUUAUUUUUCUUUUACUUGGAAUUUUUACACAUAAGACUUUGAUGGACUAUAGUUUCAUCCAGAAAUUUUUCUUUUAUUUGGAUUUUUCUGAUGUUUUUGUUAAUUUCUCCUGCCAAUUGAUUCAUAUACCUCAUACCUCAGCCAUGCAUCCCUAAGUGAUCCUGUAUUUUUCAAUCACCCUCUUAACGGGGGAAAUGUAAAAAUAUCAUUAUUUAAAUUGCAAAGUUUAAAUUCCUUUUGAGAAGAAUUUUAGGUAAAGAAGAUGCUACCUCUCUGAAUCCAGAACUGAACUGUUGGAAAAGCCACCAUGAAGAAGCCUCCAGACCACAAGUUGCACAAAAUUGAACUUUGGGUAUGGUUGAGUGAACAUUUAUUUGUAUAUAUAUUUUCAUGCCAGAAAGGGGACUGCCCCCUAACUGGCUUUUUGUCAAUGCAUCCAGCAAUUAUUGGUUUUGUUUUUUUUCUUUUAUCCUCAAAUUAUUGUAAUCUUUAAAUUGAUUAUGUUUUUAUGAUCCUUUGGGGAAGGACUUCUUCCCAAAGGAUCAAACGGGAGGAAUGUAAAAUUGAGAUUUGAACUCUGGACUUCAAUCCCCACAAGCCCUUGCUCCACUUCCCCAAAAUGAUUUGUAAUCUCACGGAAUUCUGAGGUGGGCAAGAUCAAGAAGGUAUUUAAGCUAAUUGCAAAGGCUUUUGAGGUCUCUCUCUUCUGGACUUCUGUUUUGGGGCAGACGUGGCUCUUUCCAUAAUGUAGGUGAGGUCUUGUCUAGGCCUCCCUGGCCUAGGCACAUUUUCUUUUUUUUUCUUCAGUUUUUUUUUAUUUCUUUUUUUUAAAAAUAUAUUUUAUUUGAUCAUUUCCAAGCAUUAUUCGUUAAAGACAUAGAUCAUUUUCUUUUCCUCCCCCCCCCACCCCCCAUAGCCGACGCGUAAGUCCACUGGGCAUUAGAUGUUUUCUUGAUUUGAACCCAUUGCUUUGUUGAUAGUAUUUGCAUUAGAGUGUUCAUUUAGAGUCUAUCCUCUGCCAUGUCCCCUCAACCUCUGUAUUCAGGCAGUUGCUUUUUCUCGGUGUUUCCACUCCCAUAGUUUAUCCUUUGCUUAUGAAUGGUGUUUUUUUCUCCUGGAUCCCUGCAAGUUGUUCAGGGAUAUUACACCGCCACUAAUGGAGAAGUCCAUUACGUUCGAUUAUACCACAGUGUAUUAGUCUCUGUGUACAAUGUUCUCCUGGUUCUGCUCCUCUCGCUCUGCAUCACUUCUAGGCACAUUUUCUUAUCCUUUAUUUUCUUUUAAUCCUUAACUUUUAAUAAACCUCUAAAAUAUUA